AUGGAAGACGACGAACCAGUUGACCCUAUGCCCGCCAUCCGCUCGGGUUGCAUCAAGACUUGCCCAAAACCGUUGGCAAACUACGAAGCUUGCAAGGAGAGAAUCAAGGGAAAGCCUGGAGCAGAUUGCGAGAUCUGGUACUACGAGCUUCACCACUGUGUUGACAAAUGUGUGGCCCCCAAGAUCUUUGCUGCCACCAAGGAGUAA